AUGGCGGAGGGAGAGCGGGCGGAGAGCGGUGGCGGACCUCCGAGCCCGAGCGCGGUGGAGAGGGCAGAGGCUCUCAAGGCCCAGGCCAACGAAUUCUUCAAAGGCAAGGAUUACGAGCGGGCAGUGGAGCUGUACAGCAGAGCCAUCCAAUUGGACCCCUCCAAUGCCAUCUACUACGGCAACCGCAGCCUGGCACACCUGCGGGCAGAGAGCUAUGGCUACGCCCUGGCUGAUGCCAGCCGUGCCCUGCAGCUGGACAGCAGCUACACCAAGGGCUACUACCGCCGUGCCACCUGCCACAUGGCACUGGGCAACUUCAAGGCUGCCCUCCGGGACUACGAGAUGGUGGUGAAGGUGCGGCCGCAGGACCGCGACGCGAAGCUCAAGUACCAGGAGUGCCAGCGGGUGGUGAGGCAGAAAGCCUUCGAGAGGGCAAUCGCCAGCGACCUCAGCAGGAGGUCUGUGGUGGACAGCCUGGACAUCGAGGGCAUGGCCAUUGAGGAUGAGUACAGUGGCCCCAAGCUGGAGGGUGGCAAAGUGACCUUGGCCUUCAUGAAGGAGCUGAUGGAGUGGUACAAGGAGCAGAAGAAGCUGCACAGGAAAUGUGCCUACCAGAUCCUGGUGCAGGUCAAGGAAGUCCUCUCCAAGCUUCCAACCUUGAUUGAAACCACCUUGAAGGAGACAGAGCAGGUGACAGUGUGUGGGGACACCCAUGGGCAGUUCUAUGACCUCCUCAACAUCUUCCACCUCAACGGGCUGCCGUCCGAGGACAACCCCUACAUCUUCAAUGGAGACUUCGUGGACCGCGGCUCCUUCUCCGUCGAGGUCAUCCUCACCCUCUUCGGCUUCAAGCUUCUCUACCCUGACCACUUCCACCUGCUGAGGGGGAACCAUGAGACAGAGACCAUGAACCAGAUCUAUGGCUUCGAGGGGGAGGUGAAGGCCAAGUACACAGCACAGAUGUUUGCCCUCUUCAGUGAAGUCUUCGAGUGGCUGCCCCUGGCCCAGUGCAUCAAUGGCAGAGUGCUGAUCAUGCACGGAGGCCUCUUCAGCGAGGACGGAGUCACCCUGGAGGACAUCCGCAGGAUCCAGCGCAACCGACAGCCUCCGGACUCAGGUCCAAUGUGUGACCUCCUCUGGUCUGAUCCUCAACCCCAGAACGGUCGCUCAGUCAGCAAGAGAGGAGUCAGCUGCCAGUUCGGGCCUGACGUCACCAAGAGCUUCCUGGAGAGGAACAGCCUGGACUACAUCAUCCGCAGCCACGAGGUGAAGGCAGAGGGCUACGAGGUGGCUCACGAGGGCAAGUGUGUCACUGUCUUCUCUGCCCCCAACUACUGUGACCAGAUGGGCAACAAGGGCUCCUACAUCCACCUGCGAGGCAGCGACCUGCGCCCCAACUUCCACCAGUUCACAGCAGUGCCUCACCCCAACGUCAAGCCUAUGAUGUAUGCCAACACCCUGCUGCAGCUGGGCAUGAUGUGA